AUGAACGGCCGCAACGGAGCGAUCUCUCAAGUAAACGGAGCUCAGCUGAACGGAACGCAGCAGAACUGUCGUGAAAAUGGUUUCCAUGAGCCGACACAAGACGAGCUGGAGCGCGAGUUACCGAUGGUGUAUGACGGACAGGUCCCUCUUGGGGAAGUGGUUUCUCGAGCUGUCCAAGCGAUCUAUGCUGAGCUAUCCGAGCUUGCGGAAACGUUACCCAAUAUGUCAGAUAGCGCGCGGAAACGGACCCUGGCAGACUGGGUAGUCCAGACAAAGAAGCAAGUUGUGAAGUUGUACGCGGUGGUGAAAUGGGCACGAGAUGCGGAUGUCGUGCAGAAAGCCAUGAAUGUAACAGCAUUCUUAAUGGAUCAGAAUCAGCAAUUCGAGGAUGCUAUCGGAGGUUUGAAGUACGCGAAGGAAAGCCUUGACCCUGCCAGGAUGCGCAACCAUGAUUUAUUAACGUCCCUCGACGUUCUUACUACUGGUUCAUAUCGAAGACUUCCUUCGGCCAUCAAGAAACUCGUAGUGCCCCCAACACCUCUGACAGACGAAGAGGUGGCGAAAACACUCUCUGAAGUGGAAGAUGCCAUCCGGUUCCGCUUGAGAAUGGUGGAGAUUAUUCCGACUGAGUUUGCGAGUUAUCGUAUUGCCGAUGGCCGCGUUCAUUUCGUUGCACCCAAGCUAUUCGAGGCGUCGCUUUGCGUACGAGGUGCGCAGAAGGGCGAUGGGUGGUUUUUCGUCAAUGUCGAAUUUCUCUUCACCGUUGGAGGAGACCGCACUGGCAUGCGAGAUUUCCCGCGGAAGCCUACUGGGAUGCUGAAGAGGCAUAUAACUGAUGAAGCGGAUGCUCGUCUUGCAUUCUACCUCCCACUUCCAUCCGACCAACCUUCCCCUCCGCCAGACGUUCCUCCAAGACCGGAACUGCCUCCUGGCGUUAUAGACGCGCCGCUUGUGCGUGUCUUCAACUUCCUUCAGAUGAUGUCUUUGUCAUAUCAGUUGGAAAUCUUAUGGUACCAAGCCGAACAUCUACGCUCACUUGGCUGGGCUGAUUACCUGACUGUCGGGAUGUCUAACAAUCGACAGACACUCACCAUUGCAUACUGGAUUCGAAAACCUUCUCCUACAGCAAGGGUUAAAUUACCUCCCUUAGGUGGCACUAUCACGAUAUCCAUCGUGCACGCACAAUCUUCACCGGGACGUAAAUCGUAUCGUACACCGAAAGAGCGCGUAUUAGCCGAACUGCAACAAAAAGCCAAGCUUGAUAUUGGGCGGCCUUCCGACGAAGUGGAGCCUUUCAGGUUCGAAGUGAAAUGGGAGCCAGAGCAAGGUGUACUGGGUGUCCUAGUUCCUAGAGAAGAUGUUCAACUGCCUACAAGCUCCUUAGCAGUCAAUCCUGAUGAUUUGGAUGUCGGGUUAUUGCUGCGAACUGUAGUCCUGAAACAUACCGAGGCAAUCUUGAAGGCUUUCCGGAAUCAGCUGCAACAUGGUCCGAUUACACGCAAAGUGUUCUCUUCCCCCGGGGCAGUGACUCUGGACAUGGAAGAUGGCGUUCACGUUCUCCGGACACAUUUUUGUGCAGAUGAAGUAGUCAUUGUCACUAUUGAUACGAGGACUGGUCGCUUGAGUCUUCACGACACCGGUGAUCUUGCAGCCGCUGGUCGUGGACCCCGGUUUGCCCUCAUCUCUCAGCAACUGAACGAAACUCCAACGAUCUUCGUGGGUGCUAUGGUUAAGCUGAGAGACAACACGAUCAUCGAACUUGCUGAACAAAAAGCAGGUUACUUGGGCCUCCGAUGUUACAAAGCUCGUAAUCUCUCUCCGCAAGAACUCCAGAAACUUGGGGUUGUCGCCCAUGGAAUAUUAUAUAUACAACUUUCAAGCUUUCCAAAUCACUAUCUUGUGCUAGUGAUCACAGAUGACGACUUCCGUUAUGCUCUCAUUUCUGUGAAGACGCUUUCGGAUACAAUGUAUGCCAAUACUAUCAUGGAAGACAUCGGCUGGCUUGAUGUCCACCGUAUACAUGGCGAGGACGUAGUCAUCACGUCGCAUGGACGUGGUGAUGAACAGGAGGUACGGGUAGGGCAGAAGCGCAAACGUUUCAUAAAUGAUGGUGGCUUUGCAAAUCCACGGGAACACCAUCCACAACGAUUUCGUCUUGAAACCCAAGUACUGCGGGAGUUAUAUGCGUAUUGUUGUGCACGCGUCGCCUACACGAGGAUUGAACAGCAGUUCAAACUUCGCGGUAUUCAUUACACGCAUGCCAAUCCCGCAGGGGCUGCGUCUCCCGAAUUGGCCCAUGUACAAUCGUUAUUGGCGCGUUCAAUACCGGCGCUUUGCGUGCAGUCGUCCGAUAUCCUGUCUGGAGCUCCAGCGGCAGAAGCGGCUAUGCCCAAUAUUCGCGUCAUGCCACUGAACUGGUGGUCAGAGCAGCGUGCUCAGGUCAUAACAUGCGUGAAGCUGAAAUAUGUGCAGCAACCGGUGGGUAAGAGAGCUGGCAGUAGCAGUGUUAUACGGCCAUCAAAGAGUAUCAUCUACGACACAAGAGAAGCGAUUGUGUCAUUCCUGUCCGAAGACGUGGAUAAGUGUGUAGAUGAAUUCCUAGAAGAAUGGGCGCGGGUAUCGAAGAUAGUGGUCAUCGCUCGCGAAGUCGCCCAGAUCUCACGAGAGAAUAAUUGGACAGAUGUCCGGUUAUUGUCCUUCGAUCUGCAGACCGUCGAGUUCGCGUACGCAGCGGACUACACUGUGUGUAUCACCUGCACUGACCAGCUCUCUCCGACUGGUGGCUCCUAUGACCUGCGGUUUUCCCGUGUUGUCGACGAUGACACGCUUGUUGGGCCACAUGAUGCACCACCUCGGAAUCCCCACGACGACUUAGAGCCUUACUUGCGUAAUCUCCUGCGGAGAGGACGCCUCGCGUCCUCUCUGCAUACGUUGGUGUCGCUGCUGCGCGACACUCUACCGAUGGUUAGGGAGCUGGAGGACAUUCGACUCAAUGCGAUGAGAAGAGGGGAAAAUGUGGAUAUUUUCCCCAAAGCCGCCGGGUGGUUCAGAGUGCUGUACGGGGACCUCAGACAUGCUCUAGAUUUUCGAUUAAUGACGGGAGCAAGAGUUGUUAUCCUUGAUAGUUCGCAUUCUCUGUACCUUGCACAGAGAGGUCACCUCGGAGCGUCUGGUGAAAUGCCUCCGAACGUCUCUUUGGCAGGCAGUGCCGUGGGACGCGACAGCAACCUCCUCCUGCGUGCCAUACCCAACUUUCAAUCCGUGGUGAACGAAGCGGUUCAGGAAGCAGUGGCUAAAGGUGUUGUUGGCCAAGUUGCGCCCAUUGAUAUAGGGGUCAUUUGUAGUGCAUCUGCGGUCGGAGUGGUUGGAAGGGCACUGUACGAGCGAGUCUUGCAGCAGCUACGUCUCGCCGGUGCGGUGGCUGCUUUUACUUAA